CCAUCUUGGGAGAAACAGGUACAGGGCUACUAAAGUAGCACCCCAAAUGGUCCUGAAUGUCCCUGAAACUAAAGUCUCAACUCUGGACAAUGGCUUGAGGGUAGCUUCUGAAGAUUCUGGAAUUACAACGUGUACGGUGGGACUUUGGAUCGAUGCUGGAAGCCGAUACGAGAAUGAGAAAAACAAUGGGACGGCCCACUUCCUGGAGCACAUGGCUUUUAAGGGAACGAGAAAGAGAUCUCAGUUGGAUCUGGAGCUAGAGAUUGAGAACAUGGGCGCUCACCUUAACGCUUACACCUCGAGGGAGCAAACCGUGUAUUACGCCAAAGCUUUCUCAAAAGACCUGCCGAGAGCGGUUGAAAUCCUUGCCGACAUCAUCCAGAACAGCACCCUGGGGGAGGCCGAGAUUGAGCGGGAGCGAGGCGUGAUCCUCCGGGAAAUGCAGGAAGUGGAGACCAACUUGCAGGAAGUGGUCUUCGAUUACCUUCACGCCACAGCCUACCAAAACACAGCCCUGGGACGGACGAUUUUAGGACCCACCGAGAACAUCAAGUCCAUUAACCGCAAUGAUUUGGUGGAAUAUAUAACGACGCAUUACAAAGGACCGAGAAUUGUCCUGGCAUCUGCUGGAGGAGUCGCUCAUGAGGAACUGCUUGAGCUGGCAAAAUACCAUUUUGGCAACUUGCCCUCCAUUAAGAAAGAAGGCGCUCCGGUUCUGCCCCCUUGCCAGUUCACCGGCAGCGAAAUCCGAGUUCGAGAUAACAAAAUGCCUCUGGCGCACCUGGCUGUUGCGGUGGAAGCAGCUGGCUGGUGUCACCCGGACACCAUCCCUCUGAUGGUGGCAAACACCCUGAUUGGCAACUGGGACCGCUCUUUCGGCGGGGGAAUGAAUCUCUCCAGCAAGCUCGCUCAAGCGGCGUGUCAUGGCAACCUUUGUCACAGCUUCCAGUCUUUCAAUACGUGUUACACGGACACCGGACUGUGGGGUCUUUAUAUGGUUUGCGAAGGAACCACCCUGGAGGAUAUGAUGCACUACGUUCAGAGGGAGUGGAUACGUCUCUGCACCAGCGUUACGGAAAGCGAAGUAGCCCGUGCUAAAAACCUGCUGAAGACGAACAUGCUGCUACAACUAGACGGUUCCACUCCCAUUUGCGAAGACAUCGGACGGCAGAUGCUGUGCUACAAUCGCCGGAUCCCGAUUCCCGAACUUGAAGCAAGAAUUGAAGCCGUCGACGCUCAGACCAUCAAGGAGGUGUGUACGAAAUACAUCUACAAUAAGCGCCCUGCAGUUGCAGCAGUGGGUCCUCUUGAACAGCUCCCUGAUUACGACCGACUCUGCAGCGGCAUGUAUUGGCUUCGGGAUUGAUAGUGAUGGAGAUCAAACAAGACAUUUGAUUUGUGGCAACAGUUAAACUUUCAGGACUAGAAGGAUGGUUUUUUUGUUCCCCUUUUUACUAAUGGCAGGCUUUUUAUUUAAAAAAAAAAAAGUCACCCUGACACCGAUUGGCUUUUUCAGGGGAGACCCUGCUGCUGCCCCCACCCCCCGAUAAUCUGUCCGAUCGAACUGACAACGCAGCCUCGAAAAACCGCAGGGCUGUCUAGAAAAAGAAGACAAUAAAACGAAGUCGAUUCUG